CUCUUUAAAUUAAUGCAAAACCUCAUUCUCUUGUCUUUCUGUCUCUGAAACAGUCAACCUCAUUCGUCUCAAACUCAACUCAUUCUUCUUCUCUCUCUUUCUCUCUCUCUCUCUCUCCAUGGACGAAACCAAUGGACGAAGAGAAACUCAUGAUUUCAUGAACGUCAACGUUGAAUCUUUCUCUCAGCUUCCUUUCAUCCGCCGUACUCCUCCCAAAGAAAAGAACUCCAUUAUUCGUCUCUUCGGCCAAGAGCUCGUCGGAGAUAACUCCUCCGGUGCUGGUGCUCAUCAACAAGAAGACUUCUCUGCAGAUUCUUCUGAUCAAACUACAACAAUCAAGAUCAACGACGAGAACUCUGAUCAGAAUGUCAAGGACAAGGACAAGGACAAAGAAAAAGACAAUAAUAACAACAGGAGAUUCGAGUGUCACUACUGUUUCAGAAACUUCCCGACUUCUCAAGCCCUAGGUGGACACCAAAACGCUCACAAACGCGAACGCCAACACGCCAAACGCGGUUCCAUGACGUCAUACCUUAAUCAUCAUCAUCAUCAGCCUGACCCUCAUCACGUCUACGGCUUCCUCAACAGCCACCACCACCGUCACUAUCCCUCGUGGACGACGGAAGCUAGAUUCUACGGUGGUGGAGGAGGAGGAGGAGGACAACAACCGUCGUCGUAUUACUCACGCACUCUUCCUCCUGCUGUUUCUAGUAUCCCGCCAACUAUCAACGGAAGUCCUUUGUGGCGUGUACCGCCUUCCACGUCAGCAAACCCUAGUCAUGGCGUUUACUCAGCUUCAGCGUUUAGGAAGCGUGAGCAGGAGACUAAGGAGCCGAAUUGGCCGUACAGAUUGAUGAAACCCAAUGUGCAAGACCAUCCAAUUCUUUUGAGAGUGUUGGAGAAAAACAAAACGGCGCGGUGUUCAUGUUUUGUAAGGAGAACCGGCAUGAUGUGUAGAUCUUGAACCUUGGAGGUUUUUCUUUUUCUUUUUCUUUUUCAGAUUCUGAGUUUAUAUUAAUAAGGAAAUGAUAUCUGAUUAAUAUAUAUAUAUAUAUUCAUCCAUUUUGCUAUCACGUUAGUGUGAAUGAUAACAUUUAUCACUAUUCUUUUCUUUUUUGGUCUGUUCAUCUCUAAGUUCUGUUAUGGCUUCAAGAUUGUAACAUUCAGAUAAAGAGGUACAUUAAAUUAAGAGCCAUGGA